GCAGAUACCAGCGCCGGAGUGUGUGGCUCACAGGAUCCCCAAGAUGCAGCCUGACAAGGAACAGGAGAAGAAGACCUUUACGCAGAGACUGGCCUUGAAGAGCAGCCUGGCUAAGGAGACACUCUCCGAGUUCCUGGGCACGUUUAUAAUGAUCGUCCUCGGAUGUGGCUGUAUUGCCCAAGCUGUCCUCAGCCGAGGUGUCUUGGGAGGAAUCGUCACUAUCAAUGUGGGAUUUGCUAUGGCAGUCGUCACGGCCAUUUAUGUGACUGGAGGUGUCUCAGGAGGUCACAUCAACCCAGCUGUGUCUUUGGCAAUGUGUGUCUUUGGAAGGAUGAGAUGGUACAAACUGCCAUUUUAUGUGGGAGCCCAGUUUUUGGGAGCCUUUGUGGGAUCCGCAACUAUCUUCGGUGUUUACUAUGAUGGACUCAUGUCCUUUGCUGGAGGAAAACUGAUCAUCACGGGAGAAAACGCAACAGCAUUCAUUUUUGCAACCUACCCAGCUCCGUAUCUCUCUUUGGCGAAUGCAUUUGCAGACCAAGUAUUGUCCACCAUGUUCCUCCUCAUGGUUGUCUUUGCCAUAUUCGACUCCAGAAACUUGGGUGUCCCCAGAGGCCUGGAGCCCGUCGUCGUCGGCCUCCUGAUUAUUGCCCUGUCCUCUUCUCUGGGGCUCAACUGUGGCUGUGCCAUGAACCCCGCUCGUGACCUGAGCCCCAGGCUUUUCACUGCUUUGGCAGGGUGGGGGUUUGAGGUGUUCACAGUUGGAAAUAACUUCUGGUGGAUCCCAGUCGUGGGUCCUCUGGUGGGUGGCAUCCUUGGAGGUUUCAUCUACGUCCUGUUCAUCGAAAUCCACCAUCCCAAUGCCCACCCAGACUUCGAGGAAGAACAAUCUGAGAACAACAAGCCAGAGAAAUAUGAACUGAGUGUCAUCAUGUAGUACAGGGCUUGCUGCGGGAUUUACACUCUGGUACUCAGCAGGAAAGAUGGUGUCUAUGUGUCUUGUGUUUCUGUGAGACGGGGAAUGUACCCUAUUUCCUGCGUGCGGAACACUGAGUAAAGAAGACACCUGUGUGAAGGUUUAGAAACACUGACUUCCUCUCUACCAGCCACUUCCCUUCCUCGGAAUAGCACUGACUGUACCUUACACAGCUUUCUCUCCUGCCUUGUUAGACAAUGCCUGGUGAGACUUCUUAUUUAUAGGUGAUUGCUAAUACAAUACUCUGAUCAUGGCCUUACUUUGUCUUCGCUGUACUAACUAUAUGAAAUAAUGUCACAAAAAAAAAAAACCCUUUACCUUCAAUGUCUUCAAAUGUUA